CCCACUAGAGCUCAAGGGCUUCGAUCCCUACCCAGGCAGGAAGUGGAGAAGCAACCGCUGGCAUCCAAGGAGACAGGCAGGGCUGGGCUACCUGAUCGCAGGGCAGGAGAGGAGCCAAGGCAGGCACGCCAAGCUCUCCCUAGCUGUCGUUGGCCAGUCCCUGAUGGCUUCUCUCGGGGACCCUGAAGCAGAACAUGCAGCUAAAGAACCGGUGGAAGAUACAGACCCUAGCACUUUAUCCUUGGAUGAGACCGAAAAGUUUCCAGUUCAAGACACACGGUUGCCUAAAGAUGAGGAAUACCAAACAGAACAAGUGACGUUGGAAAUAGCAUCUGUUAACAUUAGAAGCCUAACGUCUGAUUCAGGUCUAAUACAACAGCCAGAAGAUGACGAUGAUAACCAAAGCAGUACCGGAGAAUCCCCCACAGCUCCGAUGAAAUCAUGCACAGAAAACGGCCCCUGCUCCAUAUGUACGUCUCGCCAGCCCAUCAUCAGCGACUUACUCAACGACGAGGACUUGCUGUAUAUGAUGAGGAUAAAGUUGGAUCCAUCCCACCCGACAGUGAAAAACUGGAGAAACUUUGCAAGCAAAUGGGGAAUGACCUAUGAUGAGUUGUGUUUCUUGGAACAAAAACAACAAAGCCCCACUUUGGAAUUUUUGCUACGGAACAACGACCGGACGGUGCAGCAGUUGAUUGACUUAUGCAAGUUAUACCAAAGAGCCGAUGUUGAAAAAAUGCUGUUGAAAUGGUUGGAGAACGAAUGGCCAAAGAGGGGGCAUGGAACCUAUCAGAGCAACUUCUGAACGUGAGAACAGCCCAUAUUAAUUUCCACAAUGGAAACACCAAUUGCUAACGAGAGCAGCUGCUUGCUAAUUCUUCCAGCAUGACAUUUUAAUAUAUAUCUGUGUAGCCAGUCUCUGUAAUGACAUGAAUAGUCUCAGGGCCGUAUUAUUCAUAAGGUUAACUAGGCUGAAGCCUAGGGGCCCCGCAAGGACUAGGGCCCCGCCAAUUAUUUUUUUUCUGAGGCACAUCCCCACAUAAAUUACAACUGAUUUUCUUAUUUUUAGUUAUUUUAUUUUCAUUUCCUUUGGAUUUCUAUUCUGCCCUCCCCACAAAGGGCUCAGGGUGGAUUACAACAUAUCAAAACACAUUAAAAUUAAUUUAUAACAGUUAAACCAUACACAGAGGGUCAGGAGUUGGAGUCUGGCACUUAUUGUAACCCCUAUUAAUAAGAUAAUUAACUGCUUCCUUAUUGAACCGAAACCAAUUGUCUCUUCUAUUAAAACAAUUAUCCAUAAGUUAUAUUUUUAAUACAUUGUUAUUCGCUUCAAAAUAUUACAGAACUGAAUAAUCAUACUUCCAGAAUGUGCUUUCCUGAAGAGUUCUACUCACGCAAUAAAGCUGUUUUAAAAAAUUGUGACU